AUGGUGGACCUCGGACUGGACCAGCCCGACGCACAGCGUUUCCUGUGGGCGGGCAAUGGCGAGCCCCAUGCCAUGCGACGCCGGCUCAUACUGGCCAAGUACGGACCGGAAGUUCGCAAGCUCUACGGCUACGACCACGCCACCGCCUGGCAGGUGAUUGGCGUGAUGCUGCUCCAGGUGUACAUGGCCUGGCUGGUGAAGGACUGGUCCUGGGGCGCGGUGCUGGUGGCCUCCUACUUCAUCUCCGGCACCGCCAAUCAGAACCUGUUCUCCGCCCAGCAUGAGAUCAGCCACUUCCUGGCCUUCCGCCGCCCCCUGUACAACAAGAUCCUGGCCUUGGCCUCCAACAUGGUGCUGGUGGUUCCCGUCGCGGUCAAGUUCCGCGAGUACCACCACGACCACCACCUCUUCCUGGGCAUCGACGGCGGGGACGUGGACCUGCCCACCGUGCUGGAGGUGGGCGCGGUGGGCAGCCUGGCCGCCAAGCUGGCCUGGGGCCUGGUCUACCUCUGCAUCUACGGCCUGCGCCCGCUGAUCGUGCGCCCCAAGCCGCCCUCCGCCGCCGACGCCGUCAACUGGGCCACCACGCUCGGCUUCGACCUGGCCUUGCUCUAUUUCUGGGGCCUGAAGCCUGUGGCCUACCUGCUGAUCGGGUCGCUGAUCGGGGGCAGCCUGCUGCACCCCAUGGGCGGGCACCUGCUGGCGGAGCACUACAUGUUUGAGAAGGGGCAGGAGACGUACAGCUACUACGGCCCCAUGAACGCGCUCACCUACAACGUGGGCUACCACAACGAGCACCACGACUUCCCCCAAAUCCCGCACACCCGCCUGCACAAGCUGCGCCGCAUCGCGCCCGAGUUCUACGAGCCCAUGUACCAGCACCACUCCUGGUGCUGGGUGCUCUGGGCCUUCUUCGCCGACGAGAAGGUGGGGCCCUGGCUCCGCGUGCACCGCCUGAGGAAGGAGGGCGCGGCGCCCACCAACACCCGCUUCUCCGAGUACGGCGGCCUGUACGCCGAGCGGCCGACGGCGGCGCAGCCCGUCCUGGGCGGCCUCGCGGAGAAGCCGGCGCUGACCCGGCGCUCGGCAGCCAUGGCCCACGGCCGCAACGGGAGCAGCGAGGAGAACGCGCCGCCCCCCACCUCCCGAUAG